CUGCUCGUGGUGGCGCGCCGGCGAAGAGGAGGGAGGGUGAGAGGCGACGGGGCUUGCUGUGUCAUCGGGAGUUGCAGAGUUUGCUGGAAAAGCUUCCCGAGAUGCUGGUUCACAGUGGCGAUGCAGGAGGAGGGAGAGGCUUCGCGUGGAGGGAGGAAUCUCGCCGGAGAUCUGGUGGCUAGAGAGAUUGAUGGCGACGGGUCUGUGAGAAAUAUCCAACGAGAGGGAGACGAGAUUUCUCUGUCAAGAUCGAGGCGCGAUGAUGAUGACAAGAUUUACCGAAAAAGACGAGAUUUAGGCAAGAGGAAGAGAUUGAGAGAGAGCGGCACUUGGGUCAUCGACAUUGAGGACCUCGACGACGGUGUAUUUGACGCGGUUCUCGAGGCCGAAGAAGAGAUCGGGGUUGCGGCGGAAAAAACUUGCGGCUUUGGGCGACACAACAAAAUUGAAGGUCAACCGGACCGUGUAGUAGGUGAGGACUCUCCCCCCACGAGCGGCGUUGGGCGAAGGAUUCCUCCUAGAAUAGAAACUCCGACGAGGUGGGAAGAUUGUAGAGAGUCUGCGUCGGAAGGUGCAGAUCUUGGCCAUGGUGAAUUUCACCUAUUGCUGGAGGAGGGCUCAAAUAGGGGGGGCGACGGCGAGGAUUCAGGACUGGUGUUGAGGGUCUUGUGGGCUGGUCGUCGGAUUCUAUGGUCAGUGGUGGCGUUGGGAGGUACGUGGGUCUAUGGAUGGGUCGGGGCCCUGGCGGUUGCGACGAAUUUUAUUGUGGCGGUCAGAGCUGGUGACUUUUCUUCUCCAACUCGGAAUCUUUGA